AUGGCUGCCUUCGAAGAGGUAAAGAAAGUACUAGUAGAUCCUAAAAACCUUGGAUACUACUCACCCUACGAUGAGACAAUACUUAUAGCAGAUGCCAGUCCGGUAGGGAUCGGAGCGGUGCUGUUGCAGGAGAAAGAUGGCAAAAAGAGGGCGAUUUGCUACGUGAGUAAAGGGUUAUCGACAGCCGAACGAGCUUACGCACAGAAUGAAAGAGAGGCGCUAGCGCUUGUUUGGGCAACAGAACGACUGGAACCAUAUUUACGAGGCUUAGAAUUCAAGUUGGUUACCGAUCAUGAGCCACUUAAGGUAAUGUUUGGCUCUCAACGAAAGCAGUGCCCGAGAAUUGAGCGCUGGGCAUUGCGGCUCCAGUCAUUCAGGUACAAAAUAGUUCAUGUAUCGGGAAAAGCUAAUAUCGCUGAUCCGUUAUCACGACUGCCGAGAUUCGAAGAGUGCUCCACUUACGAUCAAAAUGGAGAAUCAAUGUUGCUUACUGUUUUGGAAUCAGCUACACCAUCUGUCUUGCGUAUUGAAGAGAUCGUUGAAGCUACAGUGCAAGAUAGUGAGUUAGCCGCAGUCAAAGAGGCGUUGAAUACUGGUCGAUGGAUGGACAAACUGAAACAAUUUUUGCCGUUUCGAGAAGAGUUGAGUACAGUGAACGAAAUUGUUAUGAGGAACGAUCGGAUAGUAGCACCGAUUAAUCUUCGUAAACGAAUAAUGAAAUUGGCUCACAUCGGUCAUCCAGGAAUCGAGAGAACGAAGCAACGCAUCCGGAGCAAGGUUUGGUGGCCAAACGUUGACAGAGAAGUAGAGAAGACAGUGAAAUCGUGUUUGGAAUGCCAGUUGGUCAGCAAUUCAGUACGUCCUGAACCUUUGUGUGUUCGAGAGCUUCCCCAUCAACCGUGGCAGAUUCUCGCGAUGGACCUAUUAGGACCACUUCCAUCAGGUGAUUCCAUUUUAGUAGUGAUCGACCUUUACAGCCGUUACCGUAUUACCGAAAUUUUAAGGUCAACUAAAACCGAGGACAUCAUUGAAAGACUGGAUAAAGUGUUCAUGACAAUGGGACUACCUGUCGAAUCAGUCUCGGACAACGCACGGAACUUUGCAAGCAGGAAAAUGAAUGAAUUUUGUGCCACCUUUGGAAUUGAAUAUCGUCAUACUACUCCGUACUGGCCACAAAGUAACGGAGAAGUUGAGCGUCAAAACCGUUCCAUAUUGAAAACUCUGAAAAUAGCUGAGUUGAACGGGACUGACUGGAGGAAGGACUUGCAAGAGGCCAACUACGUUUAUUCGAUAUUGCGUCAUCCUGCAACGGGUUGCUCACCAGCUGAACUGGUUUUCGGCAGAAAACUACGGGAUUGGAUUCCUGAUUUAGCUGCAAACAACACUGAAGACAGUGGCAUACGUGAUCAUGACAAAAUAUAUAAGCAAUCUGCGAAAUCAUACUACGAUACUAAAAAUAAUGCACAACAUUCGGAUCUACAAAUUCAGGAUCGAGUUUUGAUGAGGAACUUGGUACCGCAGAAUAAACUAUCAUCGGCAUUCAUUCCCGAGUCAGCAGUAGUGGUGAACAAGCAGGGAAAUAGGGUAACAGUACAGAUGGAUGAUGGGCGCAGAUACCGUUGA